AAACACUCUAAAGCCUCUGUGCACAGCUAGACUCUGAGAUCUCUCCAAAGAACAGGAAAAAAUGGCUCUAUGGAGCAGAGCUCGCACAGCUUCUUCUUCACUCUUCAACAGGGUCCUUCAACAUCCCAACAACAUCAACAGCAGCAGCAACAUCACCAAUACCACUGCUUUUCUCCGCCUUUUCUCCGCCAAUGUAGCUGGAAAUGCUAAUUCACUGCGUGGGGACAUGAUGAAACAACUUCUGCAUCUUGAUAUCAAUUCACAAAUUGGAAGUUGCAUGCCCCUUGGUGCUAUGCGUAUUGGAACGAUAAUACAUAACAUUGAGUUGAACCCCGGUCAAGGUGGCAAGAUGGUUCGUGCUGCAGGUACUAGUGCAAAGAUUCUGAAAGAGCCAUCACCAACCAUCACUGUGGUGCAGCUGCCUUCAGGUGUUGUGAAAAAGAUCGAUUCAAGGUGUCGGGCUACAAUUGGCAUUGUUUCGAACCCCAGCCACAAGGAUCAAAAGCUUAGGAAGGCUGGACAGAGCCGGUGGUUGGGUCGAAGACCAACAGUUAGAGGAGUGGCAAUGAAUCCAGUAGAUCAUCCUCAUGGUGGUGGUGAGGGUCGGAGCAAAAGUAGUGGGUCCUUGGGAAGGGUGUCCCAAACACCAUGGGGUAAGCCAACUAAAGGUGGGUACAAGACUGGUCCACUCAAGCGCAGAAAGUAGUUUUGCAGCCAUCUUCUUUGUUUGGUUCGUUUAUUUUGGCAUGCAGCUUUGAACAUUCAAAUGCUGGUAGUUCUUGUGAUUUCUCAUCAAGAAAGUGUUUUAAGGCUAGAAUUUCUAUGUCCAUCAAAUUAUUUACUGCCAUAAAUCUAGAUUAUUAUGUUCAGUAUAGAACACGGAUGAUAGAGAGUGCUUCAUGCAUGCAGCUGCAAAUUUGUCCCUAUUGUUUGCUGUUUGAACCUAUCAAUCUUGUGAACUGUUUUCUAUGGAUACUAGAUUCACUGUUCAAAUUA